AUGAGGUGCAAUGAACCGUGUUUGCCUCUUGGGAAGAUCAUGGACUCUACUGCCUCACUUCCAACCGAAUUUCAGAAACACUACAGUCAGGCCGUUUGUGCUCCAAGGCCACGAGAUGUAAAAUGGAAACCACCUACAGAAGCUAUGAUAUGGAAAACUAAUUUCGACAGGGCGAUGUUUCUAGAAUCUGAUCAGGCCGAGAUUGGGGUGGUGGUUAGAAAUCAGGCAAGUCAGGUCAUGGCAGCGUUGUCAGAAAGAAUACAAAAGCCCAAUUCAGCUGAAAUAUUGGAGGCGCUGGCAACGCGGAGGGCAAUCCAAUUUUCCUUGGAGUUAGGAUUUAAGCAGUCAGUGUUCGAAGGUGAUUUGGAAUUUAUCAUUAAGGCUCUUGAUAAUGAAGUUUUUCCAUCGCCUAGUGUUGGUCAUAUUGUAAAAGACAUUUGGUCUAUGUCAGGUUUAUUACAAACCAAGUCCUUCUCUUAUGUAAGGAGGCAGGACAAUUCUGUGGCUCAUGCCUUAGCCCAAAGAGCAAGAUUUUCUUUUCCUGUAUUAGUCUGGAUGGAGGAUGUUCCACCAGAUAUUUUGCGUUUUGUUUCUACUGAUUUCCCAAGCUUUUAA